CCGGGCGAAGGGCCCGUUUCCAGGCUGGACAGGGAGGCCCGGGGGCAGGUGCAUUUUCAGUCGCUCGGGGUUAAUACAGGGGAGACUCAUGCGCGCGUCCAGCCCCUGGUCCGACCGGCCGCAAGGCGCAGCGCGGGAGGCCCUUCGCCUUUGCACGACCCGCGGUGCGGGGGAUUCAGGGCGCUGGGCGAACGGCCCCGCGCGUGAGGUUUCAAUGCCCCGCGGCCGCUCCCAGCGAGUGCGCGUCGCCCAAGCCGCGUGCAGCCAGUGCCGGGGGGCGCGUGGAGCGAGCGAGGAGAAAGUCCCUGAUUUCCCGGAAUCCACGUGCUCCUGCCAGCCAGCUGCAGGCGCGUGCUCCCCACCCCCCACCCCCCGGUGCGCGAGCCCAGCCCCCGGCGGUGGGAGCGGGACUGGCCGCCGCAGACCGUCCCGAGGUCCCUUCCUGCGCGAGGCGGCCGCCGCGAGACCCCCCGGCCCGAGCCCGAGGCGGCCGCGCAGAGCCCGGCUUCAGGGGCAGACGGAGGAGAACACUAGCACUGCCCACCCCCACCAGCCUCGGGGAGCCGCCGCCUCCAGCCAUUCACCCGGGUCUGGGUUGUUCCUUCCUCCUGGCACCUUGCGAUGGGAGCAGGUUGGCAGCAGCUUUUUGCCCAAUUGCAGUGAACACGCACGGCACCCUAGAGAGCAGGGGCUGCAGGGAGCCUGCAGGGCCUUCCUUGGCAGCAGCGUCCCGGGCAUCCACUGGAAUCUCUCCCAGCACGUGGGAGGCCGUUCCCGCUGACGCAGUCAUUGUCAUGUAGGCCGGAUUGUCCGUCUGCUCGCUGCCCGGACACACGCCAUCAGCAUGCAGCGGGGCUACGCACCCUUCCUCUAUUUCGUGGCUGUCCUGGGGCUGGAGGCUGCAGUGCAGGAGGAAUGCAGGAUUAUCGAGGCUCUCCAGAACAAGCUGACGUAUCAGCAACGGCUCCAGUACAUGAAACACUAUUUCCCCAUCAACUACACCGUGAAUGUCCAGUUUGAAGAGGUUCUCAGGGCGGCCAACAUUACCAGGCUGCGGGAUCAGAACGUCAGCGAGCCAUCCCUGCGCUUCCUGUGGUUCAAUGUGAACACCCAGGUGCUGCUGAAGAUCCAAGCUGUGCUGCUGGAGAAGCACCCGGCCUGGGAGUACACCCGAGAUCUUGGCCUCCUCUUUGAGCAGCUGGCUGAGUACGAGAACUGCGAACAGAACGACAUAAAUGUUUGUGAAGUGGUAGAGCAGGUUCUCAGCAGCGACGCAGGGAGCAGCCGGAAGGCCGUGCGCCCCAAAGCCCUGCUGGAUAACUGCGCCAAGGUCAUGCGGAUGCUAUACAGCGAAUCGUGUUUUACUACACUCAGGAGACGGUUUUGUGUUGUAUCUGUUGAGAAGGAACCUCUAGAUACUGAACCCGGCCCUUGAUGCUGCUGGCUCCACCUGGCAGAAGGGUGACAUUUUGGGAGAAGACACUUCCAGUGGUUCGCUUACCCAGUGACUUUGGAGCAUCUGGUAACAUUAUGUGGGAGCUUGUUGGGACCCUUCAUGGAUCUGGUUACCCUGUCCGUGUCGACCGGUAUAUUACCAGCAUCCCUUCAUCUCUUUCCCCAGGAGGAAGGGAGCCUGUGGUAGAAUCAGGAAAAAAAGGAGAGGUUUCCCUGAGAGACUCAUCAGGUAAACCUUAGGCACUGGUGCGACGGGUGCCCUACGAAGCCAGGCCCUUCGGGUUGUUCAUUACCCUUGCAGAAAGUCCUACUUCUUGCCUACCGUGCACGUGUAAGAACCAUUAAAGGCUCAGUGCCAGGAGAAAGGAGAUCCCGCACUAGGCGAGAAAGGGUUAAUUCCACACUAUGGCUGGAGGAAGUCCCGCCCCUCAGACUCUGCUGGGCAUGCUCCAACUGCUGUGUAAGUAUAAAGAAGAACAGCUCAGUCUGGGUGGCCACAGAGGAAGAAGCACACUUGGUGGAGGCUCCAGGCUAGGAGCUGCUACAGCCCCUGACUGUGGGAACCUGAGAUCCCAGGGACCAGACCGGAGACCUGCUACCUACAGUCAAUUGGUGGGAGUCAAAGUUCCAUGGAGCUGUCAGAGCCAGGGAACUCCGAGACCCCGACGAUAGAUGGACGACAGAUUCAGGAAACAAGGUAGGAAGUGGCCCAGGGAGGUGGAGUGAGUGGUAUCUCAUACCUAUGUAAGGUCAGCAUGUUGCAGUAGGAUCCCGGCUGGCUGGGUGGCGAACGCACUCAACCUGAGAGGGCCUUGGGCUGGGACCCAGUGGAGUCAGGUGGGCCCAGGUCCCCUUACUCCGGCCACUACCCCCCUUUGGAAGCAGCCCCCGGAUCUGGCCAUUAGGCCUUGCAGCCCAAAGGGUGGCCAUAAUGACUCAGGCCAUUAGGCCACGCUGUCCUGAACCCAAGGACCCCCAUGUUGACUCUGGAUUUAAUGCGCCUAAAUCUUGAGUUCAAGGACAGUCUGGUAGACUGCAACUGCAGUGCCCUCACAACCCUGGUCCACCCCCAAAAGGGGCGGAGUGAGCAUACACUGCAACACCGCCAUAUAACGGUGACCGAAACACCCCUCUAUUCACACCCUACACACGAUUGUAAUAAUCCUUGAACACAAUGUGGCUCAUGAAGUAUCAUUUAAAAACCAACCAACAGGUCAAUAAUAUCCUGUUGACAUGUAUGUAGCAACAUUAUAUAUAGUUACGAAAUCCCCUCUAUGCUGUUACACUGGUCU